AUGUUUCUGAAACUGCCUUUAAUUGAGACUGCAAGUACUAGGCGCUCAUCAGAUCUUGGUGAGUCUUCAAGGAAAAUUUCAGAGAAACCUCUGCUGAAGUUCAAUUAUUUUGAUGAAAAUUCAGAAACAACACAACGUAGUAACGCUAGGGUCAUUCUUGUGGACAAAAACUUCAAAAUGUCCACCAUCGAACUCAUCACUAUACUGCAGUUGAAAGAUUAUGAAGCUAUGCUCUGCAACAGCAAACAAAAUGAUAAAAUAAAUAACAAUAGGUGCAUUAAUUACCAUAAUAACGGCAUAAAUGGUAAUAACAAAAGUGUUGAUGCGACAGAAAAUAUAACGUUUUAUAACAUGAACUUUUUGAUGUUCUUAAAAACGGCUUUGGUUAAAGCUGAAAAAUUUUUACAGAAAGUGAUAAUGGUUACUACUUUUGAUAAAGGCGAUUAUGAAAAGUAUUACGACGUCCACAAAAAACUCGCAGCUCACUUUGAAAAAAAUGACGACCCAAUACUUGCUAAACAUUUUAUAAAAAAUUGUGAAAACUGCUAUGAAAAUUUUUUGAAAGACAAAUACAAUUUGAAGCCAGAUGAAUUGCUAAAAAGAGGGUUGAAAUUUGUUGAAAAAGAGAAAUAUGAACAAGCAACGAAAGAUUUUGAAGAACUUUACAAAAUUACUCUGAAAAACAUCGCAACUCCUGAGGUGGAAAAUUGUGAAGAAUUGCAUGCCGCAGCCUGUGAGAGCCUCGUAAAAAUUAAUCUUCAAUUGAUCAACUCGUUAAAAACGAAUCAUAAAGAAAAGUUACCAAUUUUGCAGAAAUCUUUCCAACUUGGAGACAAAAUUGACAACGCCGAUCUACUAAGUGACCUUCAUUACCAAUACGGUCUACAUUUGACACACGAAAAUAACUUUGAUGAGGCUUUGCCGUCACUUCACAAAUGUCUAGCAAUUUAUGAAACCACCCAAAAUAUAAAGGGCAUUACAAGAGCUUCUUAUUCCAUAUUUGAAGUUUACAAAAAAAUCGGGAAGGCAAGCGAAAGUUUGGAGUAUUUAGAGAAAUGUAUUGGUCUACCAGUGUAUAAUUCCGAUCAAAUUGUCAUAGCAAAGGCACUGUGUUCAUAUGGCAUUUUGUUAUUCGAAUCGAAACAGUUUGAAGAAUCGUUGACUCAUUUCAAGAAAGCCUUCAAGGUGAUAACAAAUGCCGUGAGAGAUUGCCAUAACGAUUGCAACAUUGACUUUGAUGUUGAAGGAGUUGAUGAGAUUUAUUCAGCUGAAUAUUUUGCAAUAUUGGAGAAAUGCAGAGCCUAUGUUGGAAUUGCUACUGCCCGAUCUUACAUGAAAAGAAUGCACUCUGCGUUUAACGUCAAAGAUGAUUUGAAUUCUGUUAUUGAUUUGAAAUCUAUCAAUUUAAAUUUAAUAAAUAAAUAA